GCUGCCGGCAGAGCGAGGGCAGCGCCCGGCGGAGCGGGGGGCUCCGAGCCGUCCCUCCCGGCCGGGCAGAGCCCUCCCGCAGCGGGUUUAUGAUGGAACUCACAUCUUUGCCUAAAUUCCUGUGGACAAAUGACAACAAACUUCUGCAUCACCAUUUUCCGGAUGUAUUGGCUACUGUUCACACCACACAAGACAUUCCCAAAGAAGCUGUUUUUGGACCAUGUAUGCUCCAGAACACCCUAGUGGACACUGUAGCUUUUAUUGCCCUCAAGUGUUCUGAAAGACGAAACAUCCAUUACGUAUUCAAGGUGGAUGUUACGUCUGUGCACAGUCCUACAGGGCUGCCUUGGAUGAGACUUGUACAAGCAGCUGUCAAUAGCAAGGAGCAAAACUUGGAAGCUUACUUAGAAAAUAGUCAGUUAUAUUAUCGCUCCACCAGGAAAAUCAACAAAAAUGAGGAGCUGCUUGUCUGGUAUGAUGAGGAGCUUUCCAGACUCUUGGGUUUCAAUGAGAUAAAAGCUCAAAGUCCCCCAAAUGAGCUGAGGUGCCAGGAAUGCAACCGAGUCUUUAAAUGUGAGCAUUCGUAUCUCUCCCAUGUCCGCUUCCUAUGCGUCCCAGAGAAGAGUGCCCUGCUAUGGAGAAACUUCCAGGAUGGCAAGACUGAAAAAGGCAACUUAGAGGACCAGACCACAAAUUUCCACAGCCUGGCAAGGGAUCUAGAGGUCAAAAUGACAGCUCGUAAAGAUGACGCACAUGGUCUCACUGGAGAAAAGAGAGCAAAAUUAGAAGAGGCUGAGAACAACAGGAGCAGGAAAACAGUGUUGUUGGAGAAAACAAAUAACCUGAGUGAGGGACAUAACUGUGGGGGCAAGGAAGAGGUUGGGGGAGAGCGUGCACUGGCAGGUUCUUUCUGGAAGCCUAGUUCAGGGAGGCAAUCAGCUAGGAAGGAUGCUUUCGAGCAGAAGCAGAGUGCUUUCACUGAGGUCAGGAGGGUAAAAGAGAAGCUGAGGAAUGAGAAACCCAAGGAAUCAGAAGAGGAGGAUGACACGGUCCCAGCUGGUAAGGAGCAGGUAUCAAAGGAAGUGUUGCUGAACUCCUCUGGCAGUGCAUUCUCCUUCGUGUGGCCCACCAGAGCCCGAGGAGAGCAGAAGAGUGCUUUCAGCAAGCCCAGUAAAUGUCUAGCAGAAAGAGCUGCAAUAAACUCUUCUCAUCCCAUGAGUGAGUCACCAAAGAGCCUGGGGGAGCUGUCCGGCUUCAUUGCCACCACAGACAUCAUGUGCUGCAGCACUCUUCUCAAUUCCAAGUUCUUCGUCAGUGAUUUGUGUAAUGCUCAGAUGCUGCAGACUAGCAUCACUCGGAGCAAUGUUUUCCCGUAUACCUCAGAACUGUGGCCCAAACAAGCAGGAGGACAGUUACAAAACACAAGUACCACUUCUUCCUCCUCCUCCUUGACUCUUCUUCCCCCUACCUUCACGUCAUUUGGAGUGGCUGCCCAGAACUGGUGUGCCAAAUGCAAUCUGUCCUUUCGCAUGACAUCUGAUUUAGUCUUCCACAUGCGGUCGCAUCACAAAAAAGAAUACUCCUCAACUGAAUCCCAGAGCAAGAGGAGACGAGAGGAGAAGCUAACAUGUCCAAUUUGUCAUGAGUACUUCCGAGAACGCCAUCAUUUAUCCCGGCACAUGACCUCUCACAAUUAGAGCUGUGCAGAUAGAUCUCACCAAGGGACUGGGCAGGUUGGGUAAAGAAGGGAAAUGUUAUUCAAUUGUAUCAAUUUCUUUUUGCAGUUACAUUAAUUUCUUACAGGAGAUCACUGCUUACAGUAAUUUACAAUAGAUGCUUUGCAAAAAAUAUAAAAUGUUUACGAAAGUCUGAGUGGGUUGUAAGAUCUGAAAACUCAGCCUAGCCCUUGUCAAUCUAUUUUUGAGGAAAUAAAGUAGUGAAAUUUAUGCACAUGCAGUACUAAUUUGCAAUGAGUUGGGAACAAAGGUAUCAUUUUGCAGAUAGAGUUUGCUUUGCUUGUAUCUGAUUUGCUGGUUUAUGUGCAGUACAAUGUAAAUACAGAAGUAACACACUCUUUACUGAAUGUGGAAUCUUUAAAGACUAAAAAAAAAAAAAAAAGCAUUUAUAUGCUUAAAGAAAAUAAGUUACUUUUCCUAGCAGCUUUGGUGGACUCACUCCUUUGUGUUAGCUGAAUCAGCUCUCUUAUCAGAUUCAUCUCACUGUCUCCUUGGCUUUGGAAGGGACUACUUAAAGUUAAGACUACCUGAAAAUAGUGGUUGUCAAAAAGUGACCAACACACAGCCAAAGAGGAUGUGAGUUGUAAAUCAGUACACCUGAGUUCUGUUCUAUGCUCUGCCACUUUUGAAAUAUCUUACACAAAACCAAGUCAAGCUGGAUCUGCAUCAGAAUGUGACCUGUUGUCAACACGAUCAUGUAGACAGGGAGAGCAAAUUCUUCCCUGGGUGUGCUUGCAAAAUCUGUGUGACUUUGGUAGGCAUAUAGAUCGGAUAAGGGCAGAGUUUGGCUGUGGUUUUCAGUUUUUGGAUAUACUAAAGAAAGUAGCUGGGAAUUCUGAGUUACUGCUUCUGAUAGACAGAACCUGCACCCUUUAAGUCUGGAUGAUAGGCUCCAUUCUGCUGACAGCUAGAAGAGGAAUGUCCUUCAGAAAAUGACAGAGGCAUUAAUUGCAUUGGAUGAGACCAUCUCUAUCAUCUGGUUUCUACAUUGGCCAAUCCAUCCAUUUUAAAGAAGAUGCCAAAGUCUCUCUGUAGCCAGUCUAUAUGAGACAGUUUCUGUUGCCUUCUUUGGUUUGUGCUCUGCUUAGUCUCAAUCAGUUUGUAUUGCUUGGAGGGGAGGGGAGGGAAAGCAAGAACCCUGCCUGUUGUUACUGCAGCUCAUCUAAUUAGCCUUUCAUUACUUUCUAAAUCCACUUAGGGACUUGCUCUUGAUAGCUUAUGACAACAUGUUAUUCAAGUGAGCAUUUAUGUCUCUCUUGAAUGGGAUUUUUUUAAGGUUGUCUCCCGUUUUUGUGGCCUGUCUCUGAGCCUUAUCUGCAGUUAUUCCCUUUCAGAUAGAGAACUGUUAAAAAGUGCUUAUUCCCCAGAUAAGAGUACCCCUGAGAUUUGUACAGAACAUUGCAAUAUACUCCUUAUUAUUUAACUUCAUGCUGAUGAUACAGUCCAGUGUUUGUCUGGAGCACACUGGACAGAAGUUUUCAUUGAGUUCCCAUGAUGAUGCUUAGGUUGAUAAUGCAAGUAUCGGACAUCCAAGUGACGAGAGACAGCCCUAGAGUCUUAGGCUGUCAAUUGGGAUCAAUAUAUUACCCUCAUUGUCAUCUCUUGGGAGAUUUCUCUGAGUCAGAGACCAUAUUCUUACCAGUAUAUUGCUGUUUAUUAUUAAUACAUGGCUGUUUCCUGUUAGCAUAAACAUUUGACUUAUUGUAGGCCAGCCACUGGCUCUGCACUCCAGCUUUAUUUUCCCAACAUAAAGUGAUUAAACCUUUACAUUAUGCCUUUGAGUUUAGAGGACAUAAAUUGAGACUGGAGGUCUGGUUGGACUGUAACACAGCUUUCCCAGGUCAGUUGUGCAACUUCUUUCAUUGGAGUCAUUAAAAACCAAAGUGAACAAAAGCUUUGAUACAUGCAGCACAGGGAACAACCUUGCAUUGAGUAGGGGAUGAUGUGGUUUCCUCCUAAUCUUUCCAUCUCUAUUUCGUGUCCAAUAACAUUUACUGUGUAAGGAAUAUAUUUAUGGCAAGGUUUUACAGGCCAAAUUUCACUCCAUCUGGUUUUAUCUGGGUGCCAGCCAGUUUACUGUGAAGUCAGUGUCCAUAAAGCAUAAUAAAGGACUCCAUGGUGUAACUGCAUUCAUAUGUGGUCAGGGUUAUAGUUCCCAUUAGUAGUUUAGGCCAGAUUGUGAUCUCACUUAUUCCAGUGCAAAUCCAGAAUAAUUCCAUGUUGCUACUCCUGAUUUACAUCAAUAAUAUUCAGAUCAGUCUGGCCCUGUAUGAAUAAGACUAAAGAUAUUUUUUUUUCGUACCAUUACUGCCAAGUAUUCUCCUCUAUGCUUUCUAUAAUAUGCUGUUUUCUUAACAGUUGUAUGUUAGAAACUUAGUUUCAGAUUUUUUCUGGAAAAAGACAGGAGCAGCUAUGUAAUGCUUCCCUGUAUUAUGUUGGUGCAUCGCUUCAACACUGUCUACUCCAAGGGCCUGUUUUUCCAGUGCGCUACACUUGGUUAUCAUUUAGGUCAGAAUGAAGCAGUAUGUAACUGGCUACAUGGUUUCGCUGAUUUUGUGUUGGUGUAAGUGAUACUGAGAAGUGUGGAAAACCAGCCAUGGAUAAAAAGCUGCUAAAUCUCCAGAUUUCUUCUGAUGGUGUGUUAGAUCUACAUCCUCAGAGCUCUCAUCAGUAAUUAAACUUCAUUUUGCCCAUCAUACGAGGUUUCAGUAAGCAGCAAGACUACGGGGAGAGAUAGCUUUCCUUUAUACCAUGAAGUCGUUUUCUUCGGUGAAAGAAAAAAAAACACAACAAAAACAAACCAAAAAAACCCUCUAACCCAGUUUCUUUGUGGGCAUACCUCAGCCACAUCAACUUGGAUACUGUGAUGACAAGCUCUGUAUAAAUGCCUUCUGUGCAUAGAAAGGCAAGAGAACCAGUUAUGAAGAGUGUCAGAACUAAUUCAAAAUACAAAAAUGAAGAGGAGAGAUUUUUAAUUAGCUUUCCCUAUGACACUGUCCUUACCUCCUCCAGUUGCAGAAGCAGCACGGUUUUAUGCUAGCAUGUAAAGACUGGGGGGUUUCCUUGUGCAAAACAGAAAUCCCACUGCAGGGAAGUGUGUGCUAUGCUGUCCUUACCCCCUUUCAGAUGGCCACCGGCACAAAGAUUGAAUGAACAAGUUGCUUUUUACACUGAAGACUACAGAGUUUUGUGAACUAAGACCUGUUUACAUACACUACUGUCCAGUAUCACAUUCUGUUGCCAGCUACACCUGUGCUGACAUCAGAGCAAAAUAGCAUUGGUGCCAACAGAAUCAGAACUUGAUUCCCUAUGUGUAAAAUAAGCUUUUGUGCAAAUCCCCUCAUGCAGUUGGGGGGAAUGUCUUUUAUGUGUCUCAUGUUUAACUGAGUGUCUCAUCUAAGUUGGGUUACAUAAACCCUUGGACUUAGCCAAAAUUUUGGGAGAUUUUAUUUCUUUAUAUGAAAAUAUUCAUAUUAAAGCUGAGUGAACCAAGGCAGCACAGGCAGAAGGAAGCCUAACGAGACAAAGAAAAACAAACUUCCUGUAACUGAGUCAUGCUGGAAGCUUUUUUUCCUUAUGUCUGGAAGUCUGAACAUUUAAAUUGGUGCAGAUGAAAGGAAAUCCUGCUGUAAGAAAGGCACUCCACUAGAUGAAGAAAUUUCUUGAAGAAAUUUCUUGAAGAAAUGAAGGGACUUAAGGAAUUCAUGAAGGACUGCAUCCAGUCCCAGCGCAAUACUGUGAUUUCACAGCAGGGAUCUGUGUCUUUUUUAUGACUAGAGAUACUUGGAGGAAAAAAAAAUGAAGAUGUGUUUCUCUAUCAAAACCACACUCAGAUUUUUGAAAAGUAUGCAUGUGCUUGUUUUUAAGAGUAAAUUUUCACUAAUUCCUUAGAUACAGUCUGUGGGCUCCCUACAGACCAUAGUUUGAAAAUCACUGGACUAGGGCAGUUUUUGUGGUGUGAUCAGGGAAGACUGCAUUAGAAGCACUCUCUAGACAGCAAGAAUGCACCAUUCUGUAGAAAAAAAAAAAAAAGAAAAACACAAGUAAGCUGGCUGCCAUUUCUUGAUCGGAGUCCUGUGAACUCUAAAAGGAGAAGGAUCAUACUGCUAGGAGGGCUGGUACACCAACUUCUUUCUUCCUUUCUUCGAAAGGAACAUUAUUAGAAUUAACCAUUAGGAAGUUGUUCUAAGUUGGAAGGUAAGGAAAUCGUGCUACAAACUGUUGAAUGUCCAUGUCAGCUCUGGAACCAGAAGAGAGAAGGGUGAUGGUUUCAAUGUGUUUCCUGUUGUAUAAAGAGCUGGAAAGGCACUUCAGUAUUUACUAAGUCCAUCCCUAAGACAACAUUUGUCUAACUUUCUCAUUUAAACCAUAAAUCAUGGAUUGUCCAUAACUGAUUUUCAUUUGUAAUUUGGUGAUGUUCUAGUCUUUCACUGCAGUGUAAUUUUCUAAACAAUUACUCUCUAUUGAGAGAGUAUUACAGCACUAUUGAUAUCAAAUGGACUCACCAGCAAAUGCAUUUUGUUUUUUGUUUUUCUGACUGUAUCCCAACUGUUAAACAUUUAUUAUUCAUAAGUACUUAUCAUAUUACUCAGGCGAAGAAAUUAUUUAUUAUUUGUGCCCAUUUGGCAUAGUUUUUGGUCCUUGAAUGGAUGGCUGAAGUUUUUAAAUGUUGGGUUUGACAACCACUGUUGUUUGUACAUGACAGCACAACAGACUGUGUUUAGAAAAAAGGAAGAAGUAUAUCUGGAUCAUUUAGAUAUUAAAGAGGCUUAAAAGACAUUAGAAGAAAUACAUUAGUGUUGUUUACUCAUUCAUGACUAACCCAGUCUUUUCCAUAUUAAGUAUCUUUAAUAUUCUUCAUACAUAUAUCACUUUACACAAUAUACUGUAUGAGUUUUAAUCCAUUUAAAUGGUUCUGCAAAACUGAGAAAUUCAACAACUGGCUACUGCAUAAAAAUCAGAAUACGAAAAUGACUCAAAAGAGCCCAGGUUAGUGAUCACACCAAACGUAACUGGAAAGAUAAACAAGUAGUAAAAAAGAUGGAAAGUCUACUUUGUUGUUAAUAUUAUUUCCUGUAAAUACUGAAAGAGAUUCUCUGCAGCUAGAUGUUUAAACAUGAUUUAUAAAAAAUGGCGGUUACUUACAAAUGAGCAAGCAAACAGCAAUGUGUAACUACUACAGUCUCUAACUGACAAAAUUUGGGGGGACCAUUUUCCUAAGUUUAAUGCCUUACAGCUGGUAUUUUGCUGAGACAAAGAAUGCUGAGAUCUAGAUUAGAAUUAUAUGUAUUUCUAAAUCAUUACAAAGACAUAUGGUUAGAUAAGAAUUGUAAGGAUGACAAGGAAUGUAGGGCAUUGAUUAGGUUCAUGUGAAUAAUAUGAACUGUUAGUUCACAUUAUCAACUCUGUUAUUUGCCCUGAAAUACACUAUCAGUUAAUAACUAUCUUGUUAUUAUGGUGCAAAGGAUAUUUCUUUGCUUUCCUCUGGUCUAUGGAGUAGGGCACACAACCAUCCGUUUUUUAGCCUUAAGUAAAAACAUGAUUCUUUUUCCUGAGUGUUGAUCUGAGCACUGGGUUAGUCAAUGUACUGCCCUUUCCUUCCUAAUUUCCCAUCCCUCUGCCAGAUACCAGGGGAGAAACAGACAUGCACCAGGAAUCUGGGCAACCCUGACAAACUGGGAAAGAUUAUUUUUGGUACAUCUAAUGAUGAAAUGGAGAAGACACUUAGCUCUUGCAGUUUGGAAAACAGACCCUCACAACUACUGUUAAUUCUGCUUUAAGAUGUGUAAAUGGGAAUGUGCACAUUUUCCAGAGGAGCAGAUGUGCAUUUUCUGUCUUUGCAUGAACGCUUUGAGGUGGCCCACAUGCCUUCAAUACUGAGCUGGGAUUUUCUAAGGAACCAAAGGAAAUCUCUGUGAUCUGGAGCUAAAUCUAAGACAGACAGUGCAACAACUAACAUUUACAUUUCAAGCCAGGAGAGAAAU